UGUAUUGUUCUGGUGAAGCAGUUCUGACCCCCAAUGGGUGGCUACUGCCUGGAGUUUCCAGCAGGGCUCAUCAAUGAUGAUGAGAGCCCAGAAGCAGCCGCUCUCCAUGAGCUAGAGGAAGAAACUGGCUACAAAGGUGAUGUCGCUGAGUGUUCUCCAGCUGUGUAUAUGGAUCCAGGCUUGUCCAACUGUACCACACAUGUUGUAACAGUAACCAUCAAUGGAGAUGAUACGGAAAAUGUAAGGCUGAAGCCCAAACCAGGGGAUGGAGAAUUUGUGGAAGUGAUUUGUUUACCAAAGAAUGACCUACUGACUAGACUUGAUACUUUGGUAGCAGAAGAACAUCUUACAGUGGAUGCCAGGGUCUAUGCCUAUGCUCUGGCACUGAAACACGCCAACUCGAAGCCGUUUGAAGUACCCUUCCUCAAAUUUUAA